AGGUGUAAGGGAGUAGGUUCACUAAUGCAGACGGUAAGGUGAGAAGAAGCGAUGAUCCUGGAGAAGGUGUAAGGGAAUAGGUUCACUCAUGCAGACGGUAAGGCGAAAAGAAGCUGAUCCUGGAGAGGGACUGGAGGAGGUGUGAGGGAAUAGGCUCACUAAUGCAGACGGUAAGGUGAGAAGAAGCGAUGAUCCUGGAGAGGGACUGGAGGAGGUGUAAGGGAAUAGGCUCACUAAUGCAGACGGUAAGGCGAGAAGAAGCGAUGAUCCUGGAGAAGAACUGGAGGAGGUGUAAGGGAGUAGGUUCACUAAUGCAGACCGUAAGGCGAAAAGAAGCGAUGAUCCUUGAGAGGGACUGGAGAAGGUGUGAGGGAAUAGGCUCACUAAUGCAGACGGUAAGGCGAGAAGAAGCGAUGAUCCUGGAGAGGGACUGGAGGAGGUGUGAGGGAAUAGGCUCACUAAUGCAGACAGUAAGGCGAGAAGAAGCGAUGAUCCUGGAGAGGGACUGGAGGAGGUGUGAGGGAAUAGGUUCACUAAUGCAGAUGGUAAGGCGAGAAGAAGCGAUGAUCCUGGAGAGGGACUGGAGGAGGUGUGAGGGAAUAGGUUCACUAACGCAGACGGUAAGGCGAGAAGAAGCGAUGAUCCUGGAGAGGGACUGGAGGAGGUGUGAGGGAAUAGGUUCACUAAUGCAGAUGGUAAGGCGAGAAGAAGCGAUGAUCCUGGAGAGGGACUGGAGGAGGUGUAAGGGAGUAGGCUCACUAAUGCAGACGGUAAGGCGAGAAGAAGCGAUGAUCCUGGAGAGGGACUGGAGGAGGUGUGAGGGAAUAGGUUCACUAAUGCAGACGGUAAGGUGAGAAGAAGCGAUGAUCCUGGAGAAGGACUGGAGGAGGUGUAAGGGAAUAGGCUCGCUAAUGCAGACGGUAAGGCGAGAAGAAGCGAUGAUCCUGGAGAGGGACUGGAGGAGGUGUGAGGGAAUAGGUUCACUAAUGCAGAUGGUAAGGCGAGAAGAAGCGAUGAUCCUGGAGAAGGACUGGAGGAGGUGUAAGGGAAUAGGCUCACUAAUGCAGACGGUAAGGCGAGAAGAAGCGAUGAUCCUGGAGAGGGACUGGAGGAGGUGUGAGGGAAUAGGCUCACUAAUGCAGACAGUAAGGCGAGAAGAAGCGAUGAUCCUGGAGAGGGACUGGAGGAGGUGUGAGGGAAUAGGUUCACUAACGCAGACGGUAAGGCGAGAAGAAGCGAUGAUCCUGGAGAGGGACUGGAGGAGGUGUGAGGGAAUAGGUUCACUAAUGCAGAUGGUAAGGCGAGAAGAAGCGAUGAUCCUGGAGAGGGACUGGAGGAGGUGUAAGGGAGUAGGCUCACUAAUGCAGACGGUAAGGCGAGAAGAAGCGAUGAUCCUGGAGAGGGACUGGAGGAGGUGUGAGGGAAUAGGUUCACUAAUGCAGAUGGUAAGGCGAGAAGAAGCGAUGAUCCUGGAGAAGGACUGGAGGAGGUGUAAGGGAAUAGGCUCACUAAUGCAGACGGUAAGGCGAGAAGAAGCGAUCAUCCUGGAGAGGGACUGGAGGAGGUGUGAAGGAAUAGGGUCAGUAGCGCAUGCAGUACUGUAGCUCGAAAAGAGCGAAGUCCGGAAGUAGGCUGGAGGAGGUGUGAGGAUAUACGAUCGGUAGUGCA